GACCCCCGCCCCGGCCCUCGCCUCCCCUCCCCCGCCUCGCCCCACCGGCUUCCCACCACGGCCUCUCUCGGCGAGGAAACUCUGGCCUCCGCUUCCUCCUCCUCCGACUCGGACACCGGCGGAGCCUCCCCGCCCCCGCGGAAGAAACCCCGAGCCUCGGCGGCGGAGGGAGCAGGAGAGCCCGGGGCUUCGGCCGGCAGAGCAGGCCUCUCCCCUCCGUCCUCGUCGUCCUCGUCCUCGUCGUCUUCCUCGUCCUCCUCCUCCUCCUCGGUGGUGGUAGUGGUGGGACUCCCCCCGGCUGCUGCCCCUGCCGCCGCCGUCCCCCACCGAAGUAGCGGCCACAGCCUGGUCAGCGGCAGCAUCAUGCAGGCCAACGGGGCAGGAGGAGGAGGAGGAGGCGGCGGUGGCGGCGGCGGCGGCGGCGGAGGGGGCGGCGGGGGCCAGGGACAGACCCAGGAACUCGCCUGCCUGUCGGCCCAGAACGGGGAGUCGUCCCCCUCGUCGUCGUCUUCCGCGGGGGACCUGGCCCACGCCAAUGGGCUCCUGCCUUCCGCCCCCUCCGCCGCCAGCAACAAUAGCAACAGCCUGAGUGUCAAUAACGGGGUUCCCGGCGGGGCGGCCGCCGCAGCCUCCGCCACCGUCGCCGCCGCCGCCGCCACCACGGCCGCCUCGUCUGCCUUGGCCACCCCGGACCUGGGCAGCAGCCUCAAGAAGAAGAAGCGGCUCUCGCAAUCAGAUGAGGAUGUCAUUAGGCUAAUAGGACAGCACUUGAAUGGCUUAGGGCUCAACCAGACUGUUGAUCUCCUCAUGCAAGAGUCAGGAUGUCGUUUAGAACAUCCUUCUGCUACCAAAUUCCGAAAUCAUGUCAUGGAAGGAGACUGGGAUAAGGCAGAAAAUGACCUGAAUGAACUAAAGCCUUUAGUGCAUUCUCCUCAUGCUAUUGUGGUAAGAGGCGCACUUGAAAUCUCUCAAACGUUGUUGGGAAUAAUUGUGAGGAUGAAGUUUCUGCUGCUGCAGCAGAAGUACCUGGAAUACCUGGAGGAUGGCAAGGUCCUGGAGGCACUUCAAGUUCUACGCUGUGAAUUGACGCCACUGAAAUACAAUACAGAGCGCAUUCAUGUUCUCAGUGGGUAUUUGAUGUGCAGCCAUGCAGAAGACCUGCGUGCAAAAGCAGAAUGGGAAGGCAAAGGGACGGCUUCCCGAUCCAAACUGUUGGACAAACUUCAGACCUAUUUACCACCAUCAGUGAUGCUUCCCCCACGGCGUUUACAGACUCUCCUGCGGCAGGCGGUGGAACUGCAGAGGGAUCGGUGCCUAUAUCACAAUACCAAACUUGACAACAAUCUAGAUUCUGUGUCUCUGCUUAUAGAUCAUGUUUGUAGUAGGAGGCAAUUCCCAUGUUAUACUCAGCAGAUACUUACGGAGCAUUGUAAUGAAGUAUGGUUCUGUAAAUUCUCUAAUGAUGGCACUAAACUAGCAACAGGCUCAAAAGACACAACUGUUAUCAUAUGGCAAGUUGAUCCGGAUACCCACCUGCUAAAAUUGCUUAAAACAUUAGAAGGACAUGCUUAUGGCGUUUCUUAUAUUGCGUGGAGUCCAGAUGACAACUAUCUUGUUGCUUGUGGCCCUGAUGACUGCUCUGAGCUUUGGCUUUGGAAUGUACAAACGGGAGAAUUAAGGACAAAAAUGAGCCAGUCUCAUGAGGACAGCUUAACAAGUGUAGCUUGGAACCCAGAUGGGAAACGUUUUGUGACUGGAGGCCAGCGAGGCCAGUUCUAUCAGUGUGAUUUAGAUGGUAAUCUCCUCGACUCCUGGGAAGGAGUGAGAGUGCAAUGCCUUUGGUGCUUGAGUGACGGGAAGACUGUUCUGGCAUCAGAUACGCACCAGCGAAUUCGAGGAUACAACUUUGAGGACCUUACAGAUAGGAACAUAGUACAAGAAGAUCAUCCUAUUAUGUCUUUCACUAUUUCAAAAAACGGCCGGUUAGCUUUGUUAAAUGUAGCAACUCAGGGAGUUCAUUUAUGGGAUUUGCAAGACAGAGUUUUAGUGAGAAAGUAUCAAGGUGUUACACAAGGGUUUUAUACAAUUCACUCAUGUUUUGGAGGCCAUAAUGAAGACUUCAUCGCCAGUGGCAGUGAAGAUCACAAGGUUUACAUCUGGCACAAACGUAGUGAACUGCCCAUUGCAGAGCUGACAGGACACACGCGUACAGUAAACUGUGUGAGCUGGAACCCACAGAUUCCAUCCAUGAUGGCCAGCGCCUCAGAUGACGGCACUGUUAGAAUAUGGGGACCAGCACCUUUUCUAGACCACCAGAAUAUUGAAGAGGAAUGCAGUAGCAUGGAUAGUUGAUGGCGAAUUUGGAGCAGACGACUUCUGUUUAACUUAAAAUUAGUCGUAUUUUAAUGGCUUGGGAUUUGGUGCAAACAGACAUGAUUGAUAGCUGGACAGACAUGCUCGUCAUGAAAAAAGAACCAUUUCUGAAGCCCGAUUGGGGCCAAACAUUUACACCUUGCUUCAUAGUAACCAGUUGAUGAAGCGCCUCAUUAGAACGUUGUUGGACACCAUGUUGAAUUAUCCCCCGUCGGUUGUGAAGAACUGUGCUACAUUCAGGCUUACCCAUUGAACUCAGUAUAUAUAUUUUUUUCCCUCCUGCCUUUUGUCUGGCAGGAUACCAUUCUUGUUGCUCUUCUGUGUAAUGAAGUUUAAAUGCUUGUUUGGAAAACUUUAUUUAACAGUUUAGAAGGCUUGAUAGGAAGAGUGCAUUAGUCUGAAGAGUAUACAUUGGAUAGGAAAGAAUUUCCUUUUGUUUCUCCAAAUCUUUCCGCCUUAUUUAGCUUGAGAUCUUUGCAGCUUGGUUCAUGGAUUCUAGCCUUGCCCGUUGCGCAGUAUAUACUGACCCAGAAGAUAACCAGUGAACUAUGUCAAAAGCACUCUCAAUAUCACAUUUGACAAAAAGUUUUGUACUUUUCACAUAGCUUGUUGCCCCAUAAAAAGGGUUAACGGCACAAUUUUUUAAAAAUAAAUUAAGAAGUAUUUAUAGGAUUAAAGUGACUUCAUUUGUAUACAUUUGGAAUCUAAACCAGCUUAAAAACAGUUUCCUCUGUGACUUAGAUACGCAGUGUGACUGAUACUUCAUGAGACACAUGAAACAGUGCUUGGAGGGAGGGACACUGCACAGGAAACUAAUACUUUGGCGGCUUCCCCCUUUUGCUUCAUUCUUGAAAGAACAUCAGUACACCAACUUCAAGAAAUUCAAGAUUUAAAAAGAAAAAUAUGCCAACAUGAGAGAUCAGUAGUGAGUUUAGGUUUUUAACAAAACUUACUCCAAGUUGUUCUCAGCUUGGAAGGUAAUUUUGGUGUGAUCUAGCAGGUAUAGAUGUAACCAGUUUGGCAGUUUAUAAUAUAACUGAAGUUAGAAUAUUUAGCAGGUUCCAAACAUACUUAAACUGAGAUUCAAACCUCAUACUCAUUUCUCUUAAUUUGCAAUAGGAAACAUAAAUGUAAAGAAUAUUCCUUUACAGUUUUUUGAUAUUGCCAUACAGAACCUCGUUCUAAACUGGUGCUGUGGAUACUCUCCCUCUGUCCUCCCUUUUUGGUAUAAGGAAAGGUUCCUUCAAGGAAAAACACUUUUAAUUUUCAAUAAUUUAACUUAAUGGGAGCCCACAGCCUGAUGUUUGCAUUGUAUUGAGACCCCAUUGCAGCUGAGUACCACCUCCUUUGUUUGCCUUGAAAUUCCGUCCCUUUUUCAGUAGAGGACGGGGCUGGGAGGUAGCAGCUGUUAUGUUGGCAGAAAGGGUUGGGGAUGCCCCAAAAUCAGAUUCUAAUGAAGAAAAAUUCCUGUACUAAAUUUCCUUUACACCUUGCCAAGUCUAUAGUAUGUCAUUACUGUGACUAGACUCCUUGGCGAUCCACACAGAAAUGAAAGGUUUGGAUGUCAGUAACUCUUUGCUUUGAAAGGGGAGGAAAUAGUAACAGAAAAAAAGGGGGUGAUCAGGGAAGGGGAGAAGAAGGAAAAACACAUUUGGCCUUAAAAUAGCAUGUAUUCUCCCAAAAACCCGUAGUAGGAGAAGAUUACAGAUCGAGAUUGGCAGAUUAUUUUACACUUGAUCUUAGCCAAAAGGCCGAGAAGCGAUGGCAGAUUAUUUUAUCAAAUUGGUGUAUAAUAUGGUUUCUUUAAGCUCCAUUUUGCAGACCAUCACUUAGAGAAUCAAGGAAUUCCUGUUUUGAUACUUCUAAGGUUUAAAGAAAAAAAAAAUGUUACCGUUUAUCUGGUACUUCAUUUUUCUUAAGUUACUUUUUACUUUAAGCUUGAAUAAAAAAAUCUUCAUUGGUAACCGUCUAUAAUUUAUAAUUAAGUGACAACUUCUCUUUACCUCAGUACUGCUAAACCAUAUUGAGGUGUGGUUCAUCCAUGCCUUGAAGCCGAUGAUAUAUCCCAGUCUCGACAGUACCAUCACUUAAAACAGAAGGUUGGCCUAGAAACUCCACCGCAGUUUACACCUGGUUUAUAGGGGGCCAUGGUACAGCUGUAACAUGUGUGUCCAUUGAGGGGCAAUUUGGCACUCAGAAUCUACCACUUCAACCCAGCCACCCUAGAGCUGAGUUCUCAGAGUGCUUCUUGAAGUGCAGUUGGAAGCACUUUUAAAAAGUGGAAUAAUGAGGUACAUUUUACAAAAACAUAGCUCCUGUGAAAACAGCAAUAACUAUGCAAAGGAUUCUAUAGCAGCUAGGCGAAUUUGUUUCCCAGAUUUGUCUUAACUGGCAACUUCCAACAUACACUGGUAUUUGGCUGUGCCAAUUUGCUGUACAUGUCUAUUUCAUACAUUUGCCAUGCAGUGACUGUGCUGGAAAGGGGAAAUGUGAGGAAACUAGGAUUUAUGAUUGAGAAUCUGAUGGCGGGGUAUUCUGAUGUCUGGUAGUGUUAUAGAUGAAUAGCUGAGGUCUGAGAAUACUGCGAGCAGCCACAAGAUACUAACAUGCAGAGAAUGAAAAGUACCAAUACUUUUUGCACAUAGAAUCAAAACAGUGGAGAAUUUGGGCUCCAAAAAUCAGGUUAGUAGGCUCAUUUUCCAUGUGCUUAAAAGUGUUUUUGUUAUGUACUAAAGGUUAAGGCAAGUAUGAAAUUAAAUGUCUUUUUCCUCCAA